AUAAACACUUUUCUUUCCAUUGUCCCGAAACAAUAACAUCAUCCACUCAAAAAUAUCAAAUCAGAUCGAAUCCCCCGACAAUACAUUUGAAGUUAAACUCUCCGACAAUCAGUUCCGAACCAUGGCUCAGAAUCAACAACCAAUUUUUCAAACCAAGCCACAAGAACAUUUUGUGCAGAUACCAAUCAACAUCGAGCGUGAUUCAACCACACUCAUCAACCAAACCGGAAACUCAAGCCGGAAACCGAACCACUGGCCAACGAUUAUCCUCUCAAUCAUCUUCGUCAUCGUAGGUCAAUCCAUAGCUAAGCUCCUCGAAAACUUCUACUACGACCAAAUCCAUCGAAGUGACUACGACGAAAAACGUCAAAACGACGGCGUUUGGACUCAAUCCCUCCUCCAAACCGUCGGAUUCCCUCUCCUCCUCCUCCCUUUCAUCAUCCUCACCACCAAGAACCACAAUCAACCUCCGAUCAAUUCCGAUCGAUUCCACUACAAAUCCUUAGCCGUAAUCUACAUCUGCAUCGGAAUCAUCAUGUCGGUUCAAGGAAGACUCUCCGCCUUGGGGAAGCUCGAGAUUCCGUUUAGUGUUUUCACUCUGAUCUACACAGCACAGCUCAUCUUCACUCCGAUUUUCGCACGUCUCAUCAACAAAGUCAAAUUCAACCGAUGGAUCGUAAUCUCCUUGAUUUUGGCUGUCGUCACCGGAGCUCUCACCAAUUCCACUUCAUUCGGCGGCGAGCCAGACGAGGCGGAGGAGAAUUACGCAACAGGGUCAUGGGCGGCUCUUUUCGCCGGCGUAUGCUUCUCUCUCCUCCUCUGUAACAUCCAAAACGUAUUCGACAAUUACAUCUUCAAACGCACCGAAUCAACCACCAGAAAACCGAGCUUCGCCUCCGUUUUCGAAGUCCUCAUCUUCUCCUCCCUCGUCGCUACGAUCAUCUCCGCCGUGGGUCUUUUAAUCGCCGGCGAGCAUGACGAUUUGAAGAGGGAAAUGAAUGGUUUCUCCAAGGGGAAAGGUUCGUAUGUGAUGGCUAUGGUGGGUCAAGCCGUUUCGUGGCAGAUCUACUGGGUCGGGGUCGUGGGACUCGUCUUCUCUGUCUCGAGCGUGUUAUCGAACGUGAUCAGCGUCAUUACGUGGCCGAUCGUGUCGGUGCUUGUGGUGAUCUUCUUCAACUUCAUGGACGAUGAGUUUGAUGUGUUCAAAGGUGUCGCCUUGAUUACAGCCGCCUUGAGCGCCGCCGCUUAUUUCUAUAGGCUUCACAAAGAGAAUCGUGACAGUGGUAAUUAAGUUUGUUCCCAAAAUUAUUUUUUUUUAUAUAAAGGUUUUGUUUUUCUCCUUCUUUAAUUUGUUUGUGGGUAAGUUAGAAUCAUAUGUUUUGAUUGUUUAUAUGUGUAAGUAGUGCAAGUGUAACUGUUUCGGAUAUAGGUGUAAAUUUGUUUUAGUUUUGAUUUGUAUGAGUUUACUAUGAAAUGUUUGCAAGUGUAAGUGUGUGAACCUUUUCUCAUGAAAUAAUCUUCCAGUACAGACAAAUAUAAGAUC